AUGUACUUCUCCAAGAUCAUCAUCUCCAUUGGCCUUCUGCUCUCCGUUGUCAAUGCGGCUCCAAGCUUCAUUCAGCGCCGCUCCGCCAUGCCAGCUCCGAGGAUCAUUGACCUCGGCAUCUCUGAUCUCGAUGCGGGAGAUUUGGAAAAGCGCGAGAUCAUUGACCUCGGCAUCACCGACGAUACUUCCAACGACUUCGAGAAGCGUUCCAGCAACUACGUCUCCAGCUGUGGUAGCAACUGGAUGCCCAUCGCGGACCAUGAUCACAAGUUGGGCUAUCGGUCCGCCGUGAAGGAGUUCUGCUAUCAUGUCACACACAGCUCCGACGGCCUCAACACCGUCAUUGGCCCUCAUCAGAAGCAUGCUAUCAUCAUUCAAGGUGGCUAUUAUCUGAAGGGUGACAUCCCCGCGGCCGUGAACUUCGAGAUUCACAACAAGCAGCGUGAUGGUAAUCACACGCCUAACCAGUCGGACUGCGAGACCUACUUGAUGAAGAUGGCCGAUCCCAACGCCUCUUGCUUUGGCCGGAUUAACAAGGACACCAAGGGCGGCACCUGGCAGAUUAACGGGGGUGCUGUCAGCUACCACGCUCUCCCCGAUGCUAGUUCUGCCUGA